CAGAGACACUGAGAGAGAGACAGAGAGACACAGCCAAAGACAGAGAGACACUGAGGGAGAUUCAGGGAGACAGUUGACCGCUGACAGACACAGUCUCUCGUCUUCUCUGUGGAGCAAUGUCUUCCAAAGAGAAUGUGCCCCCAGCUAGCAGCUCCACACCACAGUUUUUCACCCCUCUCGGGCUCGGCGGUCCUCAGCGUGUCCCGAAGAGCAGUUCUGAAGCCAGUGUCCGGACCGUGGCAGUGUCGGGUCCUGGGAGAGUCACGGCUGAACCUCCUGCCCAGGAGCCGUUCUCUCUCAAGGAUUUCGAGAUCGGACGGCCGCUGGGGAAGGGGAAGUUCGGGAACGUGUACCUGGCCCGGGACCGAGAGAUUAACUUCAUACUGGCCCUCAAGGUCAUUUUCAAGUCCCAGAUCGAGAAGGAGGCGAUGGAGCACCAGCUUCGCAGAGAGGUUGAGAUCCAGUCCCGUCUCAGGCACCCCAACAUCCUGCGCUUCUAUAACUACUUCCACGACCGCAAGCGCGUGUUUCUGAUGCUGGAGUACGCACCGCGGGGGGAGCUGUACAAGGAGCUGCAGCGCUGCCAACGCUUCGACGAGCAGCGCAGCGCCACGUAUAUAGAGGAGGUGUCAGAUGCCCUGCAGUAUUGCCACGAGCAGAAAGUGAUCCAUCGAGACAUCAAGCCAGAGAACCUGCUGCUGGGCUUCAGGGGGGAGCUCAAGAUAGCGGACUUCGGCUGGUCUGUGCACGCGCCCUCCAUGAGGCGUAAGACGAUGUGCGGGACUCUGGACUACCUCCCCCCUGAGAUGAUUGAAGGGAAGACCUACAAUGAGAAUGCAGACCUGUGGUGUGUGGGGGUGCUCUGCUACGAGUUCCUGGUGGGGAACCCCCCCUUCGAGACCGCCAGCCACAGCGAGACCUACACCCGGAUCACCAAGGUGGACAUGCAGUUCCCCAGCAUCAUCUCUCCCGGCGCGCGGGACCUCAUCUCCAGCCUCCUCAGGCACUGCCCCCCCAUGCGGCUGCCCCUGAAGAAAGUGCUGGAGCACACCUGGGUGAAAACCAACUCCCGCAGGGUGCUGCCCCCAGUGUACCACCCCAAGAGCUGAGCCCAGGCCAGCCACACGCGUGUUACAACCGCCCCCACACGCCAACUACUGCUGCUGCUGCUCGGGCGAAGGUGUGCCUUGGUCACAGU